UUUCCAUCCAGUGCCCACCACCCAGAAUGGGGCUCUAAACACGUGACACAAACUACGCCUAGCACGCGUCUCAGUGUCCCAGCAUCGAAUCCGAUUUUUGAAGAGCUAUCCUCCGUACCUACCUUACCUAGUGUACCUAGGUAGGUUACCUGACAUGCCCUUGAACACAAUCACAUUGUGCCUCAAGAAAGGAACACCAGCCAUCCAUACGAAUCAAAAAGGACAAAAUGGCACGUAAUUUGUUUUACAUGGUUCGUCAAAGAAUGUUUUUUUUUGUUUCUAUUAAUAUCUGGUACACAAACUGCGAGUCCUACACACCACCUAGAUUGAACGCAUUAAACGCACCAUCAUUACCGCCCGUCUACAAUCUACCGACGUGCUGGAACUCGUGGUGUGCAAAGCAAAACCACUGGCUUUCGCUUAUUCGUACACAUAGCAGAAAGGUCCCAUGGUCGUGCUCAUGAGCUCCUUGAUCUGGCGAGGAGGACCGGCAGCGAAGCCAUAUUCGACAAAGUCCUCGAGAGAAGCCUGGUCGCUGGCCGGCAUGUUGAGCAUGGUCUUGGUGCCAAAGAUUGCCUGCUCACCGGUCACCCGCUCCUCGCCGCCCAGCUUCUGCCAGAUCCACCAGGCCUUGUCAAUCAUGCCGUGGUGCAGGUAGAAGACGGGGUCACCGGGGCUAGCGUAGACGUCCAUGCCAGGGUCACCACCUGCAGGUUUGAUUGAUUAACCGUUAGCAACAAUGCUGCGUCGUUCAUAUAUCGCAGAAGAAAUUUGGCUUACCCAUGGACAUGUGGCCGGAUCCGUGAACACCGAGACCAACGCCGGGCACACCCUGCAUUGUCAUCUGGAAGUCGUCGAUGUUGGUGGGCUUGGUGAUAAGGUCAAGCACCUCGUUGAUGUUUGCAUAUUGCUGAAUCAGCUCCGAGGUGAGGUCGCGCUUCAGGCAGCGAGGGUUGUAGCCCAGCAUCUUGCCGCCAGGAGGACCGAGGGUCACAGGGCCCGGAGCGGGCAGCGAGAUUGGUCCCAGGUUGACAGUCAGGUUGGCGAAGGGCCCGGACGUGACACAACCACCACCAGAGCCGGUGGGCAGAGGGAAAGGGGGCAGGCCCGGCAUGUCAAUGACGACGGGGCCCUUGUCAGCGAUGAACUCGCCAUUUCCACCUAGCGAGGUCUCGCUGCCAUCCCAGAUAGGAGAGGUCUCCAUACCGGUCUCGGCAGUCAAGGCCCAGUCCCAGUACUAAUAAAGAGGAACAAGACAAGUCAGCUCGUUUGUUUCAGGCCAUUCAUUCACUGCGGAUUCGGGACAAAAGUCCCCUUCUUCUGUCUGACUUACUGGGUGGGCGCCAUUGUAGCCACACUCCUCACGAAGAGUCUCCUCGUACAGGUGAGUGUAAUAGCGAUGCCACGACAGGAAAUUGCCAGUGUAGUGGAUUGUCAUGGUCUGGUUGAUGUGCGUGGCCACAAAGUCAUCAAAGCGAGUCCUGACGCCCUCGGCCAAGUCCGCAGGGGUCUUGCCCGGCUUGGACUGCAGACACUUUACGGCAUCGAUGGGAGGGAAGAAAAAGGGGCGAGUGGUUUAAUAAAUAUAGACCCCAUACCAUUCCUUGCGGACCUUGACGGUCUCGGGCGUGCAGGAAGCACUAGUCCGCGAUGAGUCGCCGCUCCUGAUGUCUUCAAGGGUUUUCUCGCUGGCAGUCUUGGUGAGCGCCUCGAGCUGAGCAAAGAGCUCAGCUUUAGACCCGGUAGAUCUGGCUGCGUGCGGGAAGCCUAGCGCCGUGUUGGCGAGCGCCAAGAAGGCCACAAAGCUCUGUGCGUACAUGAUUUGGUUUAGAUGCGCAAAGUACAAAGCGUAAAUGUGAUAGUUGGAACGGUGGGGAAUGAAGAGUGCCGGCAAGGGAAUGCUGCAAAGAGUGACUAAUGCGCGGCAGGAUUUUCUUCAGUGAAGAGAAAAAAGACCCAAAGUUGAAGCUCUCAAAGUCACAGCAGAGGACAGGAAGAUCAGCAUCAUAUACACGGCUGCGAAGACCCGUAGGACUGGUUCUUUCACAGCCUCAGAAGCGUUGGCGUUCCACUCUUUACCCUGGACAACCAACAAACGAUGCGACGGAUACAUUGCAAGUUCCACAAAGGGCCUAUCUAUACGGGGGGGCCAAGAGCAGGCCCAUGAACGCACAUAAUGCUAUUGAGACGUUGCUGCUCAAUAUGGCCUGGUACUGGCUACACUAGCCAGAGGGGCGAAAUUUGUGCCGAGGACCGAAUAUUAACAAUAUGGGCAGGGGCAAAAGCGCUAUCGCCCGCCUGGAGUCUGAGCUGCGGUGCCACCGUACGUAGGUACGUACUUCGUAUGUAUGCAGGUUCGUGCAUGCAUAUCUUUUUUUUUUUUUUUUUUUUUUGCUUCAUCAACAUCUCUGGGCCGGGGAAUUGCUUCUGUAGAUUGAUAGUACCAAGGCUUUUCGGUCCACCGAACCUGUCAACAGUCAACCUUAAAACCACGCCGUUCUUGGGUUCCCAUAGAUAUCUUGAUGUUUACCGCAAGACCUCGACGGUCGAGCACACGCAUCAAAGCAGGAAGGUUGCUUUGCCGGUUACCACUCCCGACCGGGUAAAACCCAGAAAGCGAUUGCGACGCGCAGAAGCUAGAACCAGACCAGAAGGCUUCCCCGGAGACCCUUCAAUCUCCGCUCCCAGGCUCGAUGGGUCUGGCAAAGGCAUGGGGACGCACGGUUUGAUGAUCCGACCGUCCGAGCGAACCCCGUCUAACAAAGUGGUACAUACCGUAGAGCGUGACUGUGGGGACAGGAACACAUCUGUUGAUGAAUUAAGCCUAGAGGCUGAGCAACCGAGGGACAACUUAGCCGGACCCUGUAUUACGGCUUGUACGGCUCAAAUACUCCGCCAUGCCACGGGCAAAAAGAAUGCAUGCGUCUACAUCUCCGGCCUGUUUCCUACAUGGCCCCGGUACUCCACCGGCCCCUGUGCCAUGUAUGCUUCAUCCAUACGAAGUAGCUCAUCGGUCAAUCACCGGAGGCAAACCCUUGUAGACCGACUGCACAAGUCUGGUUCUCAAGACGAUGUACUUACCAACAUGGGCAGGUAUGCAGGGGAUAUCCUGGGUGAAAAAUAG